AUUACCCCAGCUACACUGUUCAUAAAUAAUUGAGUAUAAAGGAAUAUCUUCCUUACUAUGCUGCUUGCCUCCCCUUUUAGUCCUUCAUCGUCCGGCUUCCGCCACCGAUCGCCACCACUAGUUCACCUUCAGUCCCUUACCGUAACUAUAACCAGAUCUUCCAACUAGUCCAGUUGAGAAGCAAGAUAGAAUAUGGAAAUGAUCAAAGUUGGGCCAGCGGGAAGAGGUGGUGGAUCAAUAUGGGAAGAAAAUGGACGAAGCGAAGUUGCUGGGAUUUUUGUUUCCUACACCAAAAACACAAUUCAGUCGCUUCAGUUCCUGUUCUAUGAGAAUGGCAACUUUGUUCAGUCUAAUAAGCAUGGCAGUAACAGCUCUGAAAACUUCUGUGCCGUUGUCCUUGAUUAUCCAUCAGAAUUUCUUACUUCGCUAAGCGGAUUCUACGUCAACGAAACUACUAAAGUUAACACCACCAACUUUCCCGUUGUACCAUAUGGGCCAUCUGGGUAUACAUCCUAUGUCGGCGACGGGUAUUCAACAGGUUCUGAAGUUGAUGGUGUUGUUCCCAAGAACAGAGUGAGAAAAAGGAGAGUGGAAGUGAUAGCCAAAGAAGUUAAGACAGAAUCUCCAGAUGAAAAAUUUCUCAGGCAUCCAGAAAUUGAAGAUUUUGCAAAAAAAAGUGACAAUAUUUAUUCUCAGUCAAUACAACCUCCAGCCAACUGGGAAAGGGUCAUUGAAGGGAUACGCAGUAUGAGAUUAUCAGAGCAUGCACCUGUGGACUCCAUUGACCCGGAUGAAGGGGUGACUUCUCUUCAACCUAAGGAAAGAAGAUUUGCUGUUCUGGUCGGAUCAUUGUUAUCAAGCCAGACCAAGGGUCAUGUUACACAUGAAGCAAAUCAACGGCUCCUUGAAAAUGGUUUGCUGAGUGCUGACAAAAUGGAUAAAGCUGAUGAAGCCACCAUAAAGAACUUGAUAUACCCGGUUGGAUUUUACACAAGAAAGGCUCGGCACCUUAAACAAGUUGCAAAGAUUUGUGUGUCUAAAUAUGAUGGAGACAUUCCUAGUAUAGUGGACGACUUGCUUCUACUUCCAGGUGUUGGUCCCAAGAUUGCUCACCUGGUUAUGAUAAUGGCAUGGAACAAAGUUGAAGGUAUUUGUGUAGAUACUCACGUGCAUCGUAUUUGUAAUCGGCUUGGUUGGGUCUCACAGCCUGGAACAAAGCAGGAAUUCGUUAGUGAAGGAGGAGUUGUCCUUGCCAUACCUUUUUAUUUGGGUCUCAGGGCACCCAGGAAAGUGUGUUUCUUUUUGUGGUUGAUUGCGAGGGGAACGUCACAGAAGGUGGAAAAUUUGAGAAAGCGGAGGAUUACCUAAUAGCAGUUGAUGCUUCGUGUGUAGAUUUUCGGGUACAGUGAAGGACGCAUUGUUCAGUUGGGCUAUCAGGAGAAGGAAGAGAUGAUCGAGGGCGUGAGAUGUUGCUCCAUUAGCUCUUAUGUGGGUUAUGGAAAGAGAAAUACGAGAGCAUUUGAAAGGGUUGGCAAUGACUUUGUAAAGUUGAAAAAUAGCCUCUCAUGUCUAGUUUCAUUUUAGUAUUACCCAUGAGAUUCCUAUUUGUAUAGAAGAUUCAGUAUGUUAGAGAAACAUAUUUUGGUGUAGGUUCUCCUACUUAUGGUAUUUGACCCUUAUAUACAUUGUUUCCUCUUCAUAUAAAUUUUUUUACUUUAUUUAUCAAGAAAAUAUUUUAACAACUUCCUUUCAUUUCAAAUUUCACAGUUCCCGCUGUAAGGAGUUAAUAAUAACAUGUUUAGAUGGAAACACUCAAUUCUUACUUGUUUGCUCUGUCAGGGAACUAGAUCCCCCGAGGAGACUAGGGUCUCUUUGCAGCAGUGGCUUCCUAAAGAAGAAUGGGUUUCCAUUAAUUUGCUA